AUAAGUUCGUAACCGUAACUAUACUUUCUGCCUUCUGGGUUCUCGUUUAUUCUAUGUUCUAUGACGAGUCUGGGUGACUCGCAGAUAGUCUUUACGGUUAUUCUAUAACCUAAAACACUAACAACCCCCAAAGAAGCGAAAGGUGUUUGUAUUUUGCAUCCGUCGUAUGAAAUACUUGAAACAAAAUGCCAGAAAGUGUUAAAGCGGAAACGAAGCCGAGCAAAGAGGUCAGAAAUGGAAAGGAGGAAGAAAAAAAUGAAUUGUCCGAAGAAGACAAACUUCUGCAAGAGGAACUCACUAGUCUUGUCGAACGUUUACAAGAUCCAAAUGUCAGUUUACACUACCCCGCUUUAGAAUCUCUACAGUCUCACAUUCAUGCAUCUACCACUUCAAUGACCAGUGUCCCCAAGCCAUUAAAAUUCUUGCGUCCUCACUAUGACACUAUGAAAGCUAUUUAUGAUAAAAUGACUAAUAUAAAAUCUAAGGAAUUGUGUUCCGAUAUCAUUUCUGUUCUUGCUAUGACUGUGAGCGAGGGUAGAGAAUGUUUAAAGUAUAGACUUACCGGAUCUAAAUUAGCUAUCGGAGAAUGGGGACACGAGUAUGUGAGACACUUGUCUGGAGAAUUAGCCAGCGAAUGGGACGAGCUCACAGAUGAUGCAAAAGGCACAGGCAAAAAGUUAAUUGCUCUUGUACAUGAGAUUGUGCCAUAUAAUAUGGCUCACAAUGCAGAAACUGAAGCUUGUGAUCUGCUGAUGGAAAUUGAAAGACUAGAUUUAUUAGAACAGUAUGUAGACGAAAGUGCAUAUCAGCGUGUUUGCUUGUAUUUAACAAGCUGCGUACCCUAUGUAGCUGACCCAGAAAAUAAUACUCUGCUAUAUGCAGCUGCGAAAUUGUAUAGAAAAUUUGGUCUAUAUCCACAAGCUGUGAGGUUGGCAAUGCAGCUCAAUGAUUUGCCGCUUAUCGAAGACAUAUUCGUCAAAUGUACAGAUCUAUCGGUACAGAAACAGUUAGCAUUCAUGUUGGGCAGGCAACAGAUUUUCUUAGAAUUGCCAGAAUCGACACCGGAAUACGAGGAUCUGGUAGAGAUUAUGUCGAAUUCUCUGCUAAAUUAUCACUUUUUAAAUCUGGCUCGUGAAUUGGACAUAAUGGAGCCAAAAACACCAGAGGAUGUGUACAAGUCGCAUUUAGAGAACUCCAGAGCACCCUUUGGUGGUGGUCAAGUAGAUUCUGCUAGGCAAAAUCUUGCAGCCAGUUUCGUUAAUGGAUUCGUGAACGCGGCGUUUGGUCACGACAAAUUAUUAAACGAAGAUGGAAACAAAUGGCUGUACAAAAAUAAAGAGCAUGGAAUGUUGAGUGCAACCGCGUCUCUUGGCCUUGUGUUGCUGUGGGACGUUGAUGGCGGUUUAACGCCGAUAGAUAAAUAUCUUUACUCGUCCGAGGACUACAUUAAAUCUGGAGCAUUGUUAGCUUGCGGUCUGGUCAAUUGCAGAGUUCGAAUUGAAUGCGAUCCUGCUCUGGCUCUUCUUUCAGAUUAUGUUUUGCAUAGUAGCAACACGAUGCGUAUUGGUGCUAUUGUGGGUCUCGGACUGGCGUACGCAGGCUCAAAUCGUGAAGCAGUAUUAGGUUUGUUGAUCCCUGUGCUCAGCGAUCCGAAGUCAACCUGGGAAGUAAUAGGAGUAGCUGGUCUAGCGUUAGGCAUGGUUGCUGUUGGUUCUUGUAACGCUUAUGUUACUACGACGAUUAUGCAUACUUUAAUGGACAAGUCCGAGGCGGAUCUCAAAGACACGUAUGCACGGUUUCUACCUCUGGGACUUGGACUGUGUUUCUUAGGCAAACAAGAAGCAGCAGAAGCGAUAAUAGCUGCUCUGGAAAUAGUACCAGAACCUUUCAGAUCAAUGUCAACGACUUUGGUAGAGGUGUGCGCGUACGCAGGCACUGGGAACGUACUCAAAAUUCAACAUCUGUUGCAUAUUUGCUCCGAACACUAUGAACCGUCCAACGAGAAGGAUGACAAGAGCGACCGAAAGGACAAAGACAAAAAAGAAGAAAAGGAAAAAGACCUCACGUCUAGGCAAGCGAUUGCUGUACUUGGUAUCGCUCUGAUCGCCAUGGGAGAAGAGAUUGGCGCAGAAAUGGCAUACAGAACAUUCGGUCAUUUGCUACGUUAUUGUGAACCUGUAAUUCGACGGUCGGUUCCUCUUGCUCUUGGGCUUAUAUCAGUCUCCAAUCCGAAACUGAAUAUACUAGACACACUGUCCAAAUUCUCUCACGACAGUGAUCCCGAAGUAGCUCACAAUGCUAUUUUUGCAAUGGGUCUGGUGGGAGCAGGAACAAAUAAUGCAAGAUUGGCUGCAAUGUUGAGACAGCUGGCUCAAUUUCACGCAAAGGAUCCAAAUAAUUUGUUUAUGGUGCGUAUAGCACAAGGUCUCACCCAUCUUGGUAAAGGAACAUUGACAUUGUCUCCUUACCACAGCGAUAGACAAAUCUUAAGCCCUGUAGCAUUAGCUGGUCUUCUAGCUACUCUCAUCGGUUUCCUGGAUGUGAAAAACAUCAUUCUUGGUCGCUCGCACUAUCUGUUGUACACACUGGCAGUUGCCAUGCAGCCAAGGAUGUUGGUAACGUUCGAUGAGAAAUUGACUCCUCUUCCUGUUCCUGUGAGAGUUGGUCUUGCCGUAGACGUAGUGGGUCAAGCAGGAAAACCAAAAACUAUUACCGGUUUCCAAACGCAUACUACGCCUGUUCUAUUGGCGUACGGAGAACGAGCAGAGCUGGCUACAGAAGAAUAUACUCCUUUAACACCGAUUAUGGAAGGUUUUGUAAUAUUACGAAAAAAUCCAGACUUCGUCCCUUAACUAAAACGCUAAUAACAUAAACGGAAAAUAUAAUUCACAUUAUACGUCGGUCUCUAGCGGAAAAUAUUAUGAAUGUUACUGCGUGUACACAGAUGAUCUCUCCUGAUAAAUAGCAAAAUCCCAAAUGACAACCAAAAUCAUGUUCAUUUAUUUUUGACCAAACGUUAGAAACAAUAAAGCGAAUAAACUUUCAGAUUUGAUGAACUUCCCUUUUUGUAUUUUAUGUAUGGUAAUAAUAAAAUUCACAACUUUUUAACGGCA